AUGACUGCUAAAGAGAAAGACUAUCUAACAAACUUCGAUACCAGUGAGAGUCAAUUUUAUGGAUUACCAAAAGUACAUAAAUCAUUGGAAAUCAAAAACGCAAUACAUGCUCAAAAUGGAGAAUACAUUAGCUGUCCUAAUCCAGAAGAUCUCUCUUUUCGACCCAUCGUAGGGGGACCUAAUUGUUCAACACAAAGACUUAGUCACUUGUUAGAUAUUUUAUUAAAACCUUAUUAUGAAAAAGUUCCCAGCUUUAUUAGAGAUGAUUUAGAUUUUAUUAAUCACCUACCAGACCAUAUUCAAAGUAACACGAAGCUGGUGUCAUUCGACGUCGUUAGUUUAUACACAAAUAUACCGGUGGAUUUGGGUAUAAAAGCUGUUAAAUAUUGGAUUGACAGAUAUCCAGAUUUACUACAAGAUCGUUUUGAGAAAGAAUUUAUAUUGGAAGGAUUAAGAAUAAUACUUCUAAACAAUACCUUCGCCUUUGGAAAAGAUCAUUUUAUACAAACAAAAGGAACAGCGAUGGGGACAAAAGUGGCUCCCACAUAUGCCACUUUAACCUUGGGAUAUCUCGAACAGAAACUACAUCACCAACUAGCCACUCUAUGGGGAGAGGAAGAUGCUGAAUCUAUAAUAUCAAAAUGGAAAAGAUUUCUGGAUGACUGUUUUAUUCUAUGGAAUGACAAUGUUGACAGAUUAUCCGUUUUCCACCAGUUGUUAAACGGCUUGGAUUCUAAUAUCAGAUUUACAAUGGAAAGCAGUGAUACCAAAUUACCUUUUCUUGACGUCCUAGUCAUCAAAGAAGAUACAAAACUUUCUACGGAUAUAUAUUACAAAUCAACUGACACCCACCAGUACCUACAUUUUGCUUCCUGUCACCCUCACCAUACAAAAACAGCAAUCCCUUACAAUCUUGCUAGACGUUUAUGUGCUAUCGUUAGCGAUGAUAACACUAGAGAUAUCCGACUUAAAGAGCUCAAGUCGUACCUUAUAAAACAGGGAUAUCCUGAAACCCUCAUAGAUAACGGUAUAUUGAAAGCCAAAGGAUAUACACGAUCUGAAUUACUGUCUACAAAGAGCAAGGAAAAUAAAACGGAAAUUAUUCCAUUUGUGCAUACUCACAACCCACGGAAUCAUAACUUGACCUCUAUAAUUCACCAACUGAACAACAUUCUUAAAGAUGACCUAUCAACAAAACGAAUAUAUAAAGAUGUAAAAUUUAUCAACAGCAGACGACAACCUAGGAAUCUUAGAAGAAUCCUGUGUUCUUCCCAUUUUAAAAAUACCUGCGCAGUCGCCAAGUGUGAGGACUCACGUUGCGGGACAUGCCAACAUAUCAUAGAAGGAUCAACUUAUAACUUUAACGGAAGACAAUUUACAGUCAACGCAAAUAUGUCUUGUGACACUAAAAAUGUAAUAUAUGUAAUUACAUGUCCUGGAUGCCACCAGUAUUACAUCGGGGAAACAAGCAACCCGCUCCGCGCCCGUGUGCGUGUCCACAGACAACAUAUUAACUCACCGGAAUAUCGACAAAUCCCUCUAAGUGAGCAUUUGGAUCGCUGUGGAAAUAAACAGUUUACUAUAUUUCCUUUUUACAAACUUUCAAAUGAAAGUGACAUCCAGGGACGCGAAAAAGAAAAACAUUUUAUACAUGUUUUCAAACCUAAACUUAACAAUUUAUCGUAA